AUGGGAAACAAUCUUCAAGCUGUUAAUCGUCUAAGUAAGGGAAAUUUUCCAAGCUAUCGUGAACAACUAGGAAGUUAUGGUGCUGUUGAUGUAACAAAAAUAGAGCACGAGGCAGUAAAUGGUCAUACCGGUGAAGUAUUCGAUAUGAUGAAAUGGAACGCAACUUACACUAUCGACAACUUAAAAUGCAUACUCGAUCUCAGAACAGUUUCAAACAAAGAUGGUAAAAUCAAUAGUGUAUCCUUCCAAGUUGGUGACGAAAUGUAUUCAGAUGGAAACAUUUGGUUUGCAGUAGGUUUUGUUAUUGAAACAUGUGUUUAUCUUUAUGGGAAUGGAAGCAAGAGAGGGUUUCUUGUGUUGGAAGAAAUGAGAAAUAGCAGAAACAAUGAAAAGACUUGUAAGGUAACGGUGGCACACUAUUACGCGGUUAGUAGUCGGAACGUUUUUAGUCAAAAUAAAAUCGAUAUCGGUCUCUCGGUGAUUGUAAGUAUUCAAGUGUCAAGUGAAGUUGGUUUGGAUAUUUCAGUGCACGGUCCUGCUCAACACCCUGCUAGAGCAUUAAACUCCAUGUAUCAUGAUGUGAUGAAAACUGGUGUUUGGAAGCUCACAAAAUGCUCUCAUUGUGCUAAAAUGGUAAGGGAUCAUGGUGAUUUAGAGAGUGAAGAUUGGGAUGACUCUGUACCAUUACAUGUUAAGGAUGGUAAAAAAUAUUCACAAAGCAUUAUGGACAAUGGUGGUGUGGUUAUUGGAAACAAUAAUGGUAAUAUGCAUGUGGAAAAAUUUUAUUAUAUCCUGAAAAAGUAUUAG